AAGUAGAGAUGCCUCAGAGAAGUGUUUGAGUGUUUUCAUUGACAGGACCCUGACAGUCAAGACCCAGGGAUCAAAUUAAACAAAACAAAAAAACAACCAAAGAAGAUUUUUAAAGCACAGGUAGAGAGGCGCGUGCAGACAGGUGUAGUCACUGCAGGGUUUUUGUGCUGUCACACCUGUGGGUCGCUUUUUUUACACCUUUAUUUCCUUCCUAAACCCACGUGGACAAGUCACCAGAGUUCAUGUGUGACAUAUACAGCCUGGACUCUCAUUGCGUGUCUCCACAAUGCAAUAUGAGUUGGGCGAUGGAGCCUGCUAACUUCUACGAGAGCACCAAGCUGGGGGGUCCGCAGCAGGGGGUCUGCAAGCCGGGCAGCAGGAGCGACGGCUCCUCGGGCGAGGACGGCACCAUGGUGGAGCUGAGCACCGCCCCUGCCAUGUACGACGACGAGAGUGCCAUCGACUUCAGCCAGUACAUCGAGUCCAUGACAGCCGUGCCCAACCUGGAGCUGUGCAACGACGAGCUCUUCCUCGACCUGUUCAACACCGUGAAGCAGGAGAAGGUGGAUUUCUACAACAUGCAGAGCUCCCUGCAGCCCGGCGGCGCGCAGCAGCAGCUGUCAGCCGCCUACACGGCGGAGAGGAAAGCGGACAGCUUGCUGGACAAGGGGGCGUUUAGUGCGCCUAUCAAGCAGGAGUCCGACUGGAGUGACAGCGACAUGUCCUCAUCUCUUCCGUCCCAGAUCGAGACCUGCGCCCAGACCAAUGUCAGCCUCACCACGGGGCAGCCGACACCACCCACCACCCCGGAGCCCGUCUCCAGCGUGAGCUCGGCCAAAUCCUCCCCGCGUAAGAUCGGGAGGGAAAAGGGGAAGAAGACGGUGGACAGGUACAGCGUGGAGUACCGACAGAGGCGAGAGAGGAAUAACAUUGCAGUGAGGAAAAGUAGGGACAAAGCCAAGAUGCGCAACUUGGAGAUGCAGCAGAAGAUGAUUGAACUGGGCGCCGAGAACGACAGGCUUCAUAAAACUAUCGAGCAGCUAACCAGAGAGCUCACCGGGCUCAGAGAUUUCUUCAAGCAUAUGCCCAACUCCACCUUUGUGAGCUCCUCGGGUGCAGAGAGCCGGUGACACACUCAUUAUCCUAUGAACUGAGUUUAAGGAGACAUUACCUCAAAAGACAUUUCGUUUUUUUACCAUCUGUACCAGAUGUAUUUUAAGCUUACCAUAAUGGCACUGGAAAAUAUAUGAUGUUGCUGCCAUAUUUUUUGUGGGAUUUUCUCUGUAUUAAAUUAUUUUACCACUGCAUUUACAUGAUGUUAUACCUGAUAUGGUACAUGUUUUAUAAUUCCAAACUUUGUAUAAGAGCCAGAGCAUGAUCUUUUCUAUAGUUUGUAUGAAACCUUGAAAACAUUUUUGUUUAUGGAAAUCUCUAUAAUAAAAAUCGCUGAUAAAAAAAAAAAGGUGCAGAAAAAUA